AAUACUGAGACUGCUCUCUCUCACUCUCUGUUUCUCUGUCGCUCGAGAACUGGUCACAAGUGAAGGUUUUGUGGCAUCUUGCGGAACUUGAGAUUUCAACUUGCGAGAAGGCACCGGAAACGACUUUGACGCCAUGAGUGACCAUCGGACCGUGGUCAUUUCCAUGGACGGAAGUGAUUGUGCUGACUUUGCCUUUGACUGGUACUUGGAACAGAUACGCAGACCUCAGGAUCACGUGAUAUUUGUCCACUGUCCUGAAUACAACGCAAUGUUUGAAGCAGUUUCCUUUGGAAUGGGCGAAGCGACGGUGGAAGGGGACAUGUCGAAGAUGUUCGGGAAGGAGGCAAAACGAAUCAAGGAGCUGGUCAACAAUCUUGCGGAGAAGUUGAGAGACACUAUGCUCAGCGGGAAAGUGAAGUGUGUUCCCGGAAGUCCAGGAGAGGUUAUCCUGAAGGUCGCGGAGGAGGAGCACGCGAGCUUCAUCAUUACAGGCAGAAGGGGCGUCGGAGUAUUGCGACGCACCUUCCUCGGCAGCGUCAGCGACUACGUCGUACACCAUAGCCCAAUUCCCGUUCUUGUGUGCUGUUACAACCAUGCCCACUAGCAACAGCCUUGCUUUAGACCAGCAGUACGUUUCGCGAUUCUCUUAGCACAGGGGCUUGUAACACAAAAGCAAGCAUCAAAGUAUGUAUUGUCACUGUUGAGAUCUUAGCACAAUACUACAAGAUAUUUUUAUACGAUUUCCAGAUUCCAGUGGUGACAAUUCAAACUUUAACCUUGACGCCAGUUUUCACGUUUUGCGUUUCCAGCCCCUGUCACACGGAGGUGGCCCGGUGGGGAAGUAACGCGAAAUUUAAUCCCCUCGUAAAGAUUCUAUUUACACGAUGAAACGCAACAUUCGGUAUUAUAGUAUGAUCUAACCACCAACAGGACUGAGUGAGUGAGUUUAGUUUUACGCCACACUCAGCAAUAUUCCAGCUAUAUGGCGGUGGUCUGUUAAUAAUCGAGUCUGGACCAGACUAUCCAGUGAUCAUCAGCAUGAGCAUCGAUCUACAAA